AUAUUGUAUAGCCAAGUUGAAGGUUAGGUUGUUAACCUAUGUUUUGGUUAUUUUAUUGCACAAGUGUUUGAUCAUUUUAGACUGGUUAUUACCAUUUUAUUUUUGAGUUUUUUUAAUUCACAAGUCAAUUUCUGCAUCUGCUUUUUACUAGAAAGUUAGUACAGCUUUAUUGUUAUUUUCCGGUACCGUACUUUCAGUUUUCUAUCAUCUUCAUCACUCUGGCCUUCAACCGUAUAACCUGUUGAUUGAUUCAAUACAUUUUUUAACCUUUCUUUGACAUUUCGUCCUUGUCAAUCCAGCAUAGUACAAAACUAUUUUUUAGUGAUUCCAAUUUUUGUUCUGCAUACUGACUAGUGAAUUUUUAAAAGUUUGUUCACAGGAGAAAAAUGGUGUGGCCUUCACAACACGAUAUUCCACCCCAGGAGAUGCCAGGAGUGGCUAGGCCUGGAGAUAUCAGCAAGAACCACUUGGAGUACAUGACUCAGCUUGAUGCCACAGGCAAUGGUCCCUCCAGGAGGUACAGACUCUCAGGAAUCAUCUGUACCAUGGGUAAGAAAUCACUUUUAAUACCACCAAGAAAAGUCCAAUUAUUGGUAUUUUGCUGUUGUUUAAGACUGUCCACAGUCCGGGCGCAGCAUAUACAAUUUUCAAGUAAUAAAUCUUGAAUGGUAGCCUAUUUGAU